CAACAAAAUGAAAUUGUGGAACAAUACAAUAAUUUUAGAAUUUCUUCUCCUGGGAAUUUCAGAGGAACCAGAAUUGCAGCCCUUCCUCUCUGGGCUGUUCUUCUCCAUGUACCUGGUCACCAUCCUCGGGAACCUGCUCCUCAUCCUGGCCACAAUCUCAGACUCCCACCUCCACACCCCCAUGUACUUCUUCCUCUCCAACCUGUCCUUAGUAGACAUGUGUUUUGUCUCUACCACUGUCCCGAAGAUGCUGGUGAACAUCCAGACACACAGCAAAGUCAUCACCUAUGCAGGCUGCAUCAUCCAGAUGUACUUUUUCUUACUCUUUGUAGGGCUGGAUAACUUCCUCCUGACUGUGAUGGCCUAUGACCGGUAUGUGGCCAUCUGUCACCCUCUGCACUACAUGGUCAUCAUGAACCCAAGGCUCUGUGGACUACUGCUUCUGGCGUCCUGGAUCAUGGGUGUCCUUAAUUCCCUGUUACAAAGCUUAAUGGUGUUGUCACUGCCCUUUUGUACACACAUGGAAAUCCCCCAUUUUUUCUGUGAACUUAAUCAGGUCAUCCACCUUGCCUGUUCUGACACCUUUGUUAAUGACAUGGUGAUGUAUUUUGCAGUAGCACUGCUGGGCGGUGGUCCCCUCACUGGGAUCCUUUACUCUUACUCUAAGAUCGUUUCCUCCAUACGUGCAAUCUCAUCAGCUCGGGGGAAAUACAAGGCAUUUUCCACCUGUGCAUCUCACCUCUCAGUUGUCUCCUUAUUUUAUGGUACAUGCUUAGGGGUGUACCUUAGUUCUGCUGCAACCCACAACUCACACACAAGUGCAACAGCCUCAGUGAUGUACACUGUGGUCACCCCCAUGCUGAACCCCUUUAUCUACAGUCUGAAGAAUAAAGACAUAAAGGGGGCUAUGAAAAGAUUCUUCAGAGGGAAGCAAUAGAAAGGUUAUUUUUCAAGAAGGGCCUGCGACUUCAGAGCUCUAAGCCCCAGAGCCAGAAAUGGUGAUUUGUUAAUAAGAUUGUGGAAGGAGGACU